CGGCGGUCAUGUCUCUGGGAAUGUCUUACAAGCCCAACCCGAACGCCCAGCACCCCGUCAGCAACCCCGGCUUGCAGGCUGGAAGUGCUCACUCCCCUUCGACAAGUAUGGCAUCGACUGCACAGUACAGGCAGCUAGUUAAUGACUACGGACCUCCAUCUUUAGGAUAUACACAGGUUUCUAAUAGUAACCAGGUACCUCAGAGCAAGUAUGCAGAGCUUCUUGCCAUAAUUGAAGAGCUGGGUAAAGAAAUUAGACCAACAUAUGCUGGCAGUAAAAGUGCUAUGGAGAGACUUAAAAGAGGUAUCAUCCACGCUAGGGGCUUGGUGCGGGAAUGUUUGGCAGAAACAGAGCGUAAUGCCAGAUCCUAGCUCUGCCAUGUCCCACCGUUAUGAAGCCAACAGCUAUUUCUUUUUGGAUUUGUGAAACCGCCAGAGUGGUCUUUCUGCAAACCAGAUGGGUUCAUCAGAUGCAUUUUGAAGAAUUUUUGUUCAAAAGCUGCUGAAGACAAAAUAAAAUUUUUACAUAUAAACAGAGUUUUCACUGAAAAGAGUUAUUACUGGCUCUUUUCUCUUUUUUCAGUGAGUGCAUGGAUUCUACUACAUUGCUUAUAAGUUACAAUAUAUUUACAUUUUAUUCUUGUACAUUAACACAAGCUGAGUCCUACCAAUUUAAAACCAUUCAAUUUGUGUUCUAAGGACAUUGCAUGACUUCUUUUGCCUAUAGAUUUGUGUUUGAUAUCAUCUUGUAAUCUACUCCAUUGACUGUAAUCCUUCAUAGUUUUCAACAGACUAUCAUGUCAUAAGACAUAUUUGCAGCACCUGAAAGGUCUGAGAAUGUUUGUUUUUUUUCCAGUCACUGAUGUCACUUUUCUGGGACAAGAUUCUCUGAUAUAUGGAGUCUGCAAAAUCUUUAAAAGUGCCCAAACAAACGGUAGACUAGUCAUGUUUAUUUUUGGUUAGAAAUUUAGGGAAAUAUUAAAAAGGGAGUAUAUUACUGGCCUAUGCACUUGCACGUCUGUAAACAUAUUUGCUAACCACUCAACAUGCAUGAUUUAUUUAAAGGAAAAAUGAGAAAUUUUACUUUUCUACAGGUGGAUCUAGGUAUCUGCCGUAACUGCAAUUAAUAUACACAUAAAGGCUGUGUUGGAAAAAAUGAAAACUAACAAUUUGCAUCUUUGUAUGUAUUUAUUACUUGAUGUAAUAAAGCUUAUUUUCACUAAAAAAAA